AUGGUCCCCCGACGUGUGCGACGGAGCUGUCACCCCAGGCGCGGGGUUGGAUGCCCCGCGCGCCCGGCGGCUACCGCCAAAGCCAGAGCGGAGCGCAGUGUGUCCGCCAGGCGGCGCUGCGGAGCCCGGCGGAGCGGGCGGGAGACCCGGAACCCUGGCCAGCUCGCGCGACGCAGGCUCAAUCAGGAAGACUUCAUCCUCACGUGGUCUCUGAGUUCAGGAUGGCUGCUGGAGCUCAGCCAUUAUCACCUCAUUACAGUCAGCCGGAAGGAGAAGGGAGAAGAGGGCCUCCAAUUAGAUCAGCUCUUCACUAGUAAGCUUCUUGUGCCGCACAGCCACAGUACCGAAAGCACCUGCCGGGUGCAGGCAGCCUUCAUGCCGCCAUGGCCCAGCCAAACCACAGUGGAAAAGCUCUCUGACAUGUUAGUCUUCUACCAGAUAAGGCUGUGA